AUGGCUUCGAGGUAUGUUGCUCGAUUCAUCAAUAGGAACCCUCGCAACAUGGAAAUGAUGGGUAAACAAAUAAAACCUACUGGAUAUCAGUUUGAAGCAGAUAGAGAGAAGAGAUCUUUCAUUUAUAGAGUCGAUUUGAUUCAAACAAAGUCACACCAGGAAGCUAAAUUGACUCACUACAUCAAUGGGGUUGUUAUAACCGCUUCAACUAAAGAGCCAGCGAUCAGCAAUCAAUUAUACAGUAAUACAGAUACUUGUGCAGCUCUAAAUUUGGGCCGAGUUUUAGCUAAUCGUUGUCUGCAAUCCGGCAUUCAUUUCGCAUUACCAGGAUCAACACCCGACAUGGUAGAGAGGAGUUCUCAUCAAAAAGAAUUUUAUAAAGCCCUUGCACAGGAAGGCUUAACAUUAUCCGAGCCUGAAGGAAUUGAGCACACAUAUGAAAACGAUAAUAGAUUAACAUGGGAAAGGUAUCCCACUAAGCAUAACCGUCAGGAUAAGCUUGACGAGUUAUAG